GGCCGCGAGCUAGCUUUGUGGCGGCUGGUUCCUGAGGGAGUUGGGUCCUGCAGAGUGAAGAUUUAAAUUCCAAGGUCAUGGCAAAACAUCUGAAGUUCAUUGCCAGGACUGUGAUGGUACAGGAAGGGAACAUAGAAGGUGCAUACAGGACCCUAAACAGAAUCCUCACCAUAGAUGGGCUCAUCGAGGACAUUAAGCGACGGCGGUACUAUGAAAAGCCUUGUCGCCAACGACGACGGGAAAGCUACGAAACCUGUCGGCGGAUCUACAACAUGGAAAUGGCUCGCAAGAUCAACUUCUUGAUGCGAAAGAAUCGGCUGGAUCCAUGGCAGGGCUGCUGAGGCCUGUGGAUAGUAGGCCCAGUAUGAAAAUCCCUAUCCAGCUGUCUCCUUUCUUUCUCCAAUCCCAUUUUCUCUUACCUUUCUUAUAAUAAAUUCAAUCACAUAUGUGCAAGAAGGCCUGCAUAUAUAGAAGCAAUCCCAUAGUCAGCAGUAGACCCUCUCUUUUAUUAUGUGAAGGAGAAACUAAGUCAAAAAGUAGUCUAGGAGUAGAAUGGUGGUUGCCAAGGGCUGGUUGGGAGUGGGGAUUUAGUGUUUAAUGGGUGCGGAAUUUCAGUUGGGGAAGCUGAAAAAGUUCUAGAGACAGAUGGUGGUGAUACUUGCACAAGAAUGUGAAU